AGAGGGUGAGUGUAAGUGCACAGCUAUGCGACCAGCUCAAACUAGUUGGAAGAAACACAAAGAGCAGCAGAUCUCAUAGAGAGACGAGCUCAGGAUACACAUUCACAGCACAGGAUCAUAUUCACAGCAAUAAGAAUGAGGAGUUUAUUCUCAAUAGCGCUUGUUCUGCUGGCGGUCAUGAUGGUCACCGCGGAGGCCAGUAUGAAGAAAAAAGAGAAGGGUAAGGAGCCUAAAGCCGAGGCGGAGUGCAGCGAAUGGCAGUAUGGGAAAUGCGUACCCAAUAGCGGCGACUGCGGUGCCGGCAUUCGGGAGGCGACGUGCAACGAACAGACGAAGAAGACCAAGUGUAAAGUCCCAUGCAACUGGAAGAGAGAUUUUGGUGCGGACUGCAAGUACAAGUUUGGUCGUUGGUCUGAAUGUGACACCACCACAGGAACCAGAAACAGGUCUGGAACGCUGAAAAAGGCGCUUUUCAACGUUCAAUGCCAGGCGUCCAUUACAGUUUCCAAACCUUGCACCCCAAAGACCCCCAAACCCAAGAACGGGGAGAAGAAAAAGGGAAAAGGAAAGGAGACCUAAUUUGAAGACCAGCCACCCCACCCCUGCCCGUCCACACAUUGGCACAUUCCCACAUCUUCAAAUUCAGAGAUGGUGAAAUAAACUGUAGACCUACCUAUUGUUAUUACCCCCACUUUCUUUCUUUUGUAUUUAGUAAAUGUAUGGUUGUCUAUGCUGUUGUAAUUUGGUAGCAAAUCUUUAAUUGUAAUUUGCAUGUAUGAUAUAGGCCACAGCAAAUUUGUUGUCUAACAGAUCGUCUUUACUAAAGAAAAAUCGGGCGAGAACCAACUUGACCCUAGAUUUGCCCCUAAAAGCAUCUAUAUGUACAUUACAACAACAGUGUUUUUGAAAGAAAACCAUUUCUGUACGGUGUAACAUGUAAACUGAAUGCGUUAAACUGCGCCUAGAAGUAACGGCCUAUAUGAAAUAUCUAUGUUUAUAAUUGUAUGGUUUUAGAUUUGUAAUGGAUGUACAAUCAAAUUUACAACACUAAUUACUUCUACAGGUUGUGAAUAAAUGAACAAAAGUGUAUUUUCAAUAUAA